CAUUCACCAGUGCGCAUGCGUGGUGGGCUUCAGAGCGACCUAUUUCUGCGAGGAGUUAUUUCUCGACCCCGCGUGUGGUUGGUGUUCCCUCCGCUAGAGGCGCCGAGCCCUCUUCCCGUCUCCCCCUCAUCCAAGAAGAUGCCGCGCGUCAAAGGUGAAAAGAAGAGCCAGUCGGCCAUUGACAAGGUGGUGACACGCGAGUACACCAUCAACAUGCACAAGAGGCUGUAUGGCGUGUCAUUCAAGAAGAGGGCACCCAGGGCCGUCAAGGAGAUCCGCAAGUUCGCCAAGAAGCAGAUGAACACUGAAGAUGUGCGUCUCGACAUCAGGCUGAACAAGCACAUCUGGUGCAGGGGAAUCAGGAAUGUUCCCUUCCGCAUUCGUGUUCGUCUCUCCCGCCGUCGUAACGAGGAUGAGGACUCCACUCACCCAUUCUACACGCUUGUAACCUUUGUUCCUGUCGCCUCCUUCAAGGGGCUUGGAACUGAGAAUGUUGAUGAAGGCUCAGAUGAUUAAAAUGGGAGUAAUUUAA